UCAUACGUCGUGAUAUUUUUUUACAAUCCUUGUUUUUCACGGUAAAUUCGAUAGGAAAAGUUAAUUUUUCUUUUUGCAAGUGAUAAACGCGUGAUAUAAAAUAAAAUAUUUUUAAAAUAGACUGUUGCAAUUGGUAAUAUUAAAUAUCAUUUGAGAAAAUUAAGCAAAUUUUGGAAAAAUAUGGACAAAAUUACGAAAAUAUGGGUUGGACCUUUGCCAAAGGACUCGCCGUAUGUUAAACCAUUCCGUUUUUAUUAUGUACAAAAUGGCCAGGAGAAAAAUUGGGAUCUAAUGAAAGUACACGAUAGUGUGUCUAUUAUCCUAUUCAAUACAUCGAGACAAAAGUUGAUCUUUGUUAAACAAUUUCGUCCGGCUGUAUUUCAUGGUAUUGUUACCACGGAUGGUGGUGAUAUCAGUAAUGUUGACCUGGCAAAAUACCCACCUUCGUUGGGUGUCACCAUGGAGCUGUGCGCUGGCAUAGUGGACAAGGACAAAAGUUGGCAAGAAAUAGCUCGAGAGGAAAUCUUGGAAGAGUGUGGUUAUGAUGUACCUGUCGAGCGGGUACAGGAAGUUAUGACCUAUAGAUCUGGUGUGGGUUCCCAAGGUUCCAAACAAAAAAUGUAUUAUUGUGAGGUCACCGAUGCCGAUAAGUGUUCCAGUGGUGGUGGCGUCGAUGAUGAACUUAUCGACGUAGUUGAGUGUUCCAUCGAAGAGGCACGCAAAAUGGUACAACAAGGUUCAGAAAAUAACAGUCCACCUAGUUGUUUGCUGGGUGUAAUGUGGUUUUUAACUAAUAAAGCUCCCAACAAUUAAAAUUGUAUUAAAAGUGAGCUUUUACCAAAGUUAUUUGAAAAGCACCAAACAUUUAAUUUGUUUACAAUGAGGCAAGCAUAAUUGAUUUUUUAUCUUUAUUUUGAGUAUUGAUCACAGCCUAUUUAUCCACUUCCAUAUAUUGAAAGCUUUGAAUUUAUUCCACUUUAUUGUGAUUUUAAUAAUAAAAAUUCUUAAAUUUUAACACAUAAA